CAAUUUUGAAUGCGUUUCUAAAAUAACUUUACAGAUAUUUAUAAGGAAGAAAUUUGGCUCAAAGCUGAUUACGCGGUUGCGAUCAUCAGAAGUGAUGUCCCCUGGAUUUCACCAGUUGUAAGCUGUGGAGUAGUGUGAUCAUUGAAAUAAAAAUACUCGUUUGAUCUCAGGACUUGACCAAUCAUUUUGUGUGUGGAUAUAUUACCCACUUUUCUGACCCAGGAUAUGGGGAGACAGAGGAAUUCUACCACGCUGAGACUGCUGGUGUCGAGUGUGGUGCUGAUCCACUUGACAUUUGGGAUAUCAGGUAAAUUGAGUAUAUUCACAAAUCUACUUAUUAUAUAAUAUAUAUAUAUAUAUAUAUAUAUAUAUAUAUAUAUCCAGCGGCGUAACUAGAGUUAAUGGCGCGUGUGGGAAGCAGUUCAAUUUUACCAACGUGUGCCUUUUAAAUUGGGGUGCAUGAAAUGCCGACUUGAAACGUGUUAGUGGGGCACAGGGAAAGGGCGAAAGUGUGUGAUUUUUCUUUUUAGCCUUGGUUCUAAUACAACGGUUCUCAACCUGUGAGUCGUGACCCCUUUGAGCGGUCGAAUGACCCUUGUACAGGGGUCGCCUAAGACCAUCGGAAAACACAUAUUUAUGAAAUAGCAACGCAAAUAAUUUUAUGGUUGGGGUGUCACAACAACACGGGGAACUGUAUUAAAGGGUAUUAAAGAAGGUUGAGAGCCACUGGUCUAGUAGCAUAAUUUUAUAACUUUAAUGUGUACCCAGAUUGCUUGUGCCAUCUAUUACCCAUACUCUAGAUGUGCAUCUGACCUGUCUUACGGUUUAUUACCAACUUCAAAAAGCUAAUGGGAAACAAAUAUAAAAAAUGACCAACAAUUUUGUGAACCUAUUCGUCUCUAACAAGCCUAGUGAACGUGUUAACCAUGAAUGGCCUGAUGGGUCAUCACGUGGGCAGCUCGUCUCAAUCAACUGUGACUGUGGUUGUGUGGUAGCGUGUGAGGGGGAAAAAACAGAAAGGGAUGGGGGAGUAGUUUACAGAUGUUAUAAGAAUGUCAGAGAAAGAACCACACAACUUACCUUUCAGGGCGCUGAUACAAUCAUGUAAGACCAUGUAAGAUAAGCAAAUCCCAUUUAAAUCUAAGGGCGCUGAUACAAUCCUGUAAGACAAUGUAAGAUAAGCAAAUCCCAUUUAAAUCUAAGGGCGCUGAUACAAUCCUGUAAGACAAUGUAAGAUAAGCAAAUCCCAUUUAAAUCUAAGGGCGCUGAUACAAUCCUGUAAGACAAUGUAAGAUAAUAUGUAAGAUAAGCAAAUCCCAUUUAAAUCUAAGGGCGCUGAUACAAUCCUGUAAGACAAUGUAAGAUAAGCAAAUCCCAUUUAAAUCUAAGGGCGCUGAUACAAUCCUGUAAGACAAUGUAAGAUAAGCAAAUCCCAUUUAAAUCUAAGGGCGCUGAUACAAUCCUGUAUGACAAUGUAAGAUAAGCAAAUCCCAUUUAAAUCUAAGGGCGCUGAUACAAUCCUGUAAGACAAUGUAAGAUGAGCAAAUCUCAUUUAAAUCUAAGGGUGCUGAUACAAUCCUGUAAGACAAUGUAAGAUAAGCAAAUCCCAUUUAAAUCUAAGGGCGCUGAUACAAUCCUGUAAGACAAUGUAAGAUAAGCAAAUCCCAUUUAAAUCUAAGGGCGCUGGUACAAUCCUGUAAGACAAUGUAAGAUAAGCAAAUCCCAUUUAAAUCUAAGGGCGCUGAUACAAUCCUGUAAGACAAUGUAAGAUAAGCAAAUCCCAUUUAAAUCUAAGGGCGCUGAUACAAUCCUGUAAGACAAUGUAAGAUAAGCAAAUCCCAUUUAAAUCUAAGGGCGCUGAUACAAUCCUGUAAGACAAUGUAAGAUAAGCAAAUCCCAUUUAAAUCUAAGGGCGCUGAUACAAUCCUGUAAGACAAUGUAAGAUAAGCAAAUCCCAUUUAAAUCUAAGGGCGCUGAUACAAUCCUGUAAGACAAUGUAAGAUAAGCAAAUCCCAUUUAAAUCUAAGGGCGCUGAUACAAUCCUGUAAGACAAUGUAAGAUAAGCAAAUCUCAUUUCAAUCUAUAGCAUACGCAAUGUCAGUUGGGUGUUGUGAUAAAAAAAUCUUGUUUGAACUUUCAACUUUGACAAUAAUGCAGCUUCAAUAAUUUGUUUAAAGCCCAAAAUGAUUAUUGUAAACAAAAAAAUCUCUCUUGCCCAGAAACCCAAUGAUAUGACAGAUCGUGACAGAACGUGACAACUGCAGUGUUUGUUCCGAGGAUUUCCGUCCUGCAACAACACACAAGAAGGUCCUGUUUUGGCCUACGACGUUACGCAAAUUUUAACUCCAGUUUUCAAGUGAACUUCUCAAAUAAGUCCCAUUUGAACAGCGGCAACUCCACCAUUUUGGGGGGGGGGGGAGGGUGUUAAAAUAUGCGACUGUUGUAGUACUCUACGCGUGAGGCCUUGGUGGGGGCCGUGGUGGGGCAGAGCAAACAAUCCGGCAUUCAAGUUUGUUGGCGUAUUUUCUUUCUAUUGUCAAAUUUUAAAUCCAGUUUUCAAGUGAACUUCUCAAAUAAGUCCCAUUUGAACAGCGGCAACUCCACCAUUUUGGGGGGGGGGAGGGUGUUAAAAUAUGCGACUGUUGUAGUACUCUACGCGUGAGGCCUUGGUGGGGGCCGUGGUGGGGCAGAGCAAACAAUCCGGCAUUCAAGUUUGUUGGCGUAAUUUCUUUCUAUUGUCAAGGCGAAGAAGGUUGUUGUUGUGUGUGUGUGUUUUGGUGUUGCACUUAUAGCUGAGAACGAAAUGGAGCAGCGGUGGUUGGGCAGCCAUGAGGCUGAAGUACGUGACAAUACACAUAGUGUGUGUGUGUAAAUUAGGAUGUCCAGGCAAUUUCUUGGUUGCUUUUUAUAUCCGAAUCCUGGAAAGAACAAAAAAUGUUCAUCUCCCUUCCCUGGUUUCUGAGACAGGUUGAACUGAUCAAGUAAAUCGUGGGUAGAAAGAGAUAUUAUUUUAAUUAUAUUUUUUUUUCAAGAUGGCACGAUCUUCUUGGUGGAUAAAAGAAUUAAAUUUUUUUUCCGGAGGAAAUUUUAACUUAUCAAAACGUGCCUCGUUUCAUUUAAAAAUUGUAAUCAAAGCGUCUUUGAAUGACUAGGAAAAUAAAUUUAAAAUAAGAUGUUUCGGGAUGUGAGGUUUUGCCGUUAUCUAAAACACUACCGGGAUUCCCGGUGAUAAAUCGUUUUAUAAAGAACUUUGGGGGAAAAGAGGGGGGGGGGUAGUCUUAUUUAUUUCUGUACAACAAACCAAACGUUUUGUCUGAACGUUUUGUCUGAACCUUUUGUCUGAACAUUUUGUCCGAAUGUUUUGUCUGAAUGUUUUGUCUGAAUGUUUUGUCUGAACCUUUUGUCUGAACCUUUUGUCUGAACAUUUUGUCUGAACAUUUUGUCUGAAUGUUUUGUCUAAACCUUUUGUCUGAACCUUUUGUCUGAACCUUUUGUCUGAACAUUUUGUCUGAACCUUUUGUCUGAACAUUUUGUCUGAAUGUUUUGUCUGAACCUUUUGUCUGAACAUUUUGUCUGAACAUUUUGUCUGAAUGUUUUGUCUGAACCUUUUGUCUGAAUGUUUUGUCUGAACCUUUUGUCUGAAUGUUUUGUCUGAACCUUUUGUCUGAAUGUUUUGUCUGAACCUUUUGUCUGAAUGUUUUGUCUGAACCUUUUGUCUGAACCUUUUGUCUGAACCUUUUGUCUGAACCUUUUGUCUGAACAUUUUGUCUGAAUGUUUUGUCUGAACCUUUUGUCUGAACAUUUUGUCUGAACAUUUUGUCUGAAUGUUUUGUCUGAACCUUUUGUCUGAAUGUUUUGUCUGAACCUUUUGUCUGAAUGUUUUGUCUGAACCUUUUGUCUGAAUGUUUUGUCUGAAUGUUUUGUCUGAAUGUUUUGUCUGAACAUUUUGUCUGAACAUUUUGUCUGAACCUUUUGUCUGAACCUUUUGUCUGAACCUUUUGUCUGAACCUUUUGUCUGAACAUUUUGUCUGAAUGUUUUGUCUGAACCUUUUGUCUGAACAAUUUGUCUGAACAUUUUGUCUGAACAUUUUGUCUGAACAUUUUGUCUGAACCUUUUGUCUGAACCUUUUGUCUGAACCUUUUGUCUGAAUGUUUUGUCUGAAUGUUUUGUCUGAAUAUUUUGUCUGAAUGUUUUGUCUGAACAUUUUGUCUGAACCUUUUGUCUGAACAUUUUGUCUGAACAUUUUGUCUUAACCUUUUCUAAACCUUUUGUCUGAACCUUUUGUCUGAAUGUUUUGUCUGAACCUUUUGUCUGAAUGUUUUGUCUGAACCUUUUGUCUGAACAUUUUGUCUGAAUGUUUUGUCUGAAUGUUUUGUCUGAACCUUUUGUCUGAAUGUUUUGUCUGAACCUUUUGUCUGAAUGUUUUGUCUGAACAUUUUGUCUGAACAUUUUGUCUGAACCUUUUGUCUGAACCUUUUGUCUGAACCUUUUGUCUGAAUGUUUUGUCUGAACCUUUUGUCUGAAUGUUUUGUCUGAAUGUUUUGUCUGAACCUUUUGUCUGAAUGUUUUGUCUGAAUGUUUUGUCUGAACCUUUUGUCUGAACCUUUUGUCUGAAUGUUUUGUCUGAACCUUUUGUCUGAAUGUUUUGUCUGAACCUUUUGUCUGAACCUUUUGUCUGAAGGUUUUGUCUGAACCUUUUGUCUGAAUGUUUUGUCUGAACAUUUUGUCUGAAUGUUUUGUCUGAACCUUUUGUCUGAACAUUUUGUCUGAAUGUUUUGUCUGAAUGUUUUGUCUGAAUGUUUUGUCUGAACAUUUUGUCUGAACAUUUUGUCUAAACCUUUUGUCUGAAUGUUUUGUCUGAAUGUUUUGUCUGAAUAUUUUGUCUGAACAUUUUGUCUGAAUGUUUUGUCUGAACAUUUUGUCUAAACGUUUUGUCUGAACAUUUUGUCUGAACAUUUUGUCUGAACAUUUUGUCUGAACCUUUUGUCUGAACCUUUUGUCUGAACCUUUUGUCUGAACCUUUUGUCUGAAUGUUUUGUCUGAAUAUUUUGUCUGAACAUUUUUUCUGAACAUUUUGUAUGAACAUUUUGUCUGAACAUUUUGUCUAAACCUUUUGUCUGAAUGUUUUGUCUGAAUGUUUUGUUUGAAUGUUUUGUCUGAAUGUUUUGUCUGAAUUUUUUUGUCUGAAUGUUUUGUAUGAACCUUUUGUCUGAACAUUUUGUCUGAACAUUUUGUCUGAACAUUUUGUCUGAACAUUUUGUCUGAAAUUUUGUCUGAACAUUUUGUCUGAACCUUUUGUCUGAACAUUUUGUCUGAACAUUUUGUAUGAACAUUUUGUCUGAACCUUUUGUCUGAACAUUUUGUCUUAACAUUUUGUCUGAACCUUUUGUCUGAACAUUUUGUCUGAACAUUUUGUCUGAACCUUUUGUCUGAACAUUUUGUCUGAACAUUUUGUCUGAACAUUUUGUCUGAACAUUUUGUCUGAACAUUUUGUCUGAACAUUUUGUCUGAACAUUUUGUAUGAACAUUUUGUCUGAACAUUUUGUCUGAACAUUUUGUCUGAACCUUUUGUCUGAACCUUUUGUCUGAACAUUUUGUCUGAACAUUUUGUCUGAACAUUUUGUCUGAACAUUUUGUCUGAACCUUUUGUCUGAACAUUUUGUCUGAACAUUUUGUCUGAACCUUUUGUCUGAACCUUUUGUCUGAACAUUUUGUCUGAACAUUUUGUCUGAACAUUUUGUCUGAACAUUUUGUCUGAACAUUUUGUCUGAACAUUUAUUCUGAACAUUUUGUCUGAACAUUUUGUCUGAACCUUUUGUCUGAACAUUUUGUCUGAACAUUUUGUCUGAACAUUUUGUCUGAACAUUUUGUCUGAACAUUUUGUCUGAACAUUUUAUCUGAACAUUUUGUCUGAACCUUUUGUCUGUACCUUUUGUCUGAAUGUUUUGUCUGAAUAUUUUGUCUGAAUGUUUUGUCUGAACGGCAGAAUUUUUUUUAAAAAAAAAAGCCAAACCUCAUUAUUUAUGGAUCUCAUGUCCAGAUGCACUUUGACCCUAUGCCCUAUAGUCUAUAGCAGGGGUCGGGAACCCUUUUGUCCGAGAGACCCAUGGACACCACAUAUUUCGAAAAGUAAUUCUGUGAGAGUCAUACAUUAUGUUUAAAACUAAAAAUUCAAGUAAAUGUGCGCAUUUUGUGUAAUUUCAACCCUAAAAUGCAAUAAUUAUGUCUCUGAAUUCUUUUUAAUAACAUUGUUAUGCUGUUGCUAAUCAAUAAUGAGUAUUUAUUACCAUUAAUGCGACUUUUUUUUAUCAUCGAACAUUAGUCUGCGAGCCAGAUGCAGCCAUCAAUAGAGCCACAUCUGGCUCGCGAGCCAUAGGUUCCCGACCCCUGGUCUAUAGUAUUAUACUUCGAUAUUGUGAACUAUUUCAUUGAAGGUCUCAAUGUGCAGUGUUGUAGCGACGCCGCGGCUAUAAAUAGAUAUUUUACGUAAGCUUAAGACCAGACAAGCUGCCCCCCCCCCUACCCUUCUCUUCAUUCUCUCGUUCGGAGCCAAAAUUGUGAGUAUUGGCAAUUGUCUUUGAAUUUGUUUACUAACUUUGGGCAAUCUAUACCCACAUUGAGAAAUGUUUACUUCCUUUUGGAAAUCUAUACCCAUAUUGACAAAUGUAUACUUACAUUGGCAAGAAAUAAUUACAUGAGAAAUGUAUGCUAUAUCGGUUGUCUGUACUUAAAUGGCAAAUGGAUAGUUACAUAGGCGAUAAAUACAUACAAUAGGAAAUGAAAACUUAAAUGGACAAUAAAGACUUAACUGGGAAAUGUAUACUUAAAAAGAGAAAUAAUUACAUACAUGGGAAACUAUACUCAAAUUGGAAAAGUAUAUUUAAAUGGGAAAUUUAUAAUUACCUGGUAAAUUUGUACUUACCUGGGAAAUUUAUACUUACCAGGGAAAUGUAUACUUACCGGAGAAAUUUAUACUUACCUCGAAAAUGUAUACGAUCUUUACUGACGUGGAGCAAUCUUUAGUCACGUCACACAAUCUUUAGUCACGUGGAGCAAUCUCUAGUCACGUGGAGCAAUCUUUAAUCACGUGGAGCAAUCUUUGGUUACGUGGAGCAAUCUUUAGUCAUGUGGAACAAUCUUUAGUCACGUGGAGCAAUCUUUAGUCAGGUGGAGCAAUCUUUAGUUACCUGGAACAAUCUUUAGUCAUGUUGAGCCAUCUUAAGUCACGUGGAGCAAUCUUUAGUUACGUGGAGAAAUGCCCACGUAAGUAUCGACUAAAAUUGUGGGAUGACGGUCGAAACAACAAUAAAAUUUUAUGAAAGAAAAUCAAAUACAUAAUAAGACGCCACUAUAGAGUAAAUGUUUAGAUUAUUUUUUCUUCUAAAAUAAAGGAUUUGUUUUUUUAUUCCCACCCAGGUCAAAGGUCGUGCUAUGACGACCAGAUCACGUGCGUCAGGAGUAUGAGACAGCUCUUAGUGGACACAAGACGUUUCUGGUUCGGAUCCGACUACAAUGUUAGCUGUCCGGUCGUAAGUUCUGUCACGUGAUAUGCUGUUAAUUUUUGUUUUUUUUGUUUUGGUGGUGGGUGGUGGUAUGGGGGAGGUUGGGGGGGUGGGCGCAUCAAAACAAACUAGCUCUUCGACGCCCCCUAUUUCUUGACAUGAUGUUUGCCAUUCUCCUUUGUUAUCGGUAGCUGACAAGUAGCAACGAAUAUCUGUAAGCUUAUUAGUGAAUGGUGAUGGGUGUGAUCAUCUCUUACUAAAUUAAUUUUCAUUGGAUUGGUGUCAUCGAAAAAAAAAUAAAUACAUGUUACUCAUUAUGAGACCCCCCCCCCCCCACCUUUCUUCCCCCAACCCUUUACCCCUGUUUCGGAAUCAUUUAUAUUUAUGUUUUAAAAAAAAUAUAUAAAUCGAUUUUUAUAUAUUGUGAUUAUGGUGAGAUUAUAAUGUUAUGGCUAGUAGAAAUAACUCGCCAAACAUUGGAGGCGGCGAUGCGUGUACUAUCCAUCUAUUACAGAAACUUGACAAACUAAUGCAUUCAAGUGAAGCAGAUUGUACAAACUCACCAAUCAGUGCCGACGUCCGGAAAUGUUAUUUUUAGCGCCUAUUGAACACAGAGCUACAGCCAUACAUACACACUGACACACAUUACAUAAAAAACACACACGUACUUACAUAGAGACUCAUUAUUUGUCAAUGAAAAUGAUCUUAUCCCAGCAAGUUAACGCGCUGCAAGUUAGAUGCGCUCUAAGAAUUGAAGAUAACAAAUGGGAUGUUAACAAAUAGAAUAUUAACAAAUACAAUGCUAACAAGGAGAGGGUUAACAAAUAGCGUGCUAACAAAUGGAAUGCUAACCAAUGUGUCUGACCUGUCCCACAGGAGUUACGAUCAACCCCAGCUUGCGCCAACCCAGACCCGACCCGUUCAUCCAUCGCGUCCAGGUUGUUCGGCCUCAGUGACGUCAGCGACGGGACGGCGCUGGUGACCAAUGUCCAGGCGGUCAAGCUGGCCUUCGUCACGUACAACGCACCAAAAGGCAAAUAUCAACAACGCUGUUCCCUCAAAACACCAAUCCAAUAUUAUGUUUUAAAUUGCAUACAUUCAUUCAUAUUACUAACAUAUCAUGACCCAUCCAAUAUGGCGAACUCCAAACCCCAAAACACUUAAGUUUUUUAAAACUCUUUUCUAUUUCUUGUAAUUUCUUGUUUGCCCUUUCUGCUAAAAAAAAGGCUCUAAGUCGACAAGUCAUCCUUUUCCUUUCCAGCUUCGACAUACCUUGUUCCGCCACUUCCUUUUCCCUUUCCAGCUUCGACAUACCUUGUUCCGCCACUUCCUUUUCCCUUUCCAGCUUCGACAUACCUUGUUCUGCCACUUCCUUUUCCCUUUCCAGCUUCGACAUACCUUGUCCUGCCACUUCCUUUUCCCUUUCCAGCUUCGACAUACCUUGUUCCGCCACUUCCUUUUCCCUUUCCAGCUUCGACAUACCUUGUUCCGCCACUUCCUUUUCCCUUUCCAGCUUCGACAUACCUUGUUCCGCCACUUCCUUUUCCCUUUCCAGCUUCGACAUACCUUGUUCCACCACUUCCUUUUCCCUUUCCAGCUUCGACAUACCUUGUUCCACCACUUCCUUUUCCCUUUCCAGCUUCGACAUACCUUGUUCCACCACUUCCUUUUCCCUUUCCAGCUUCGACAUACCUUGUUCCGCUAUUUCCUGUCUUAAAAGGAUACUCUCCUCCCCAACCAGGUUCCGUCUUCGCCUGCGGUCACGAGUUCCACAUCCCGGCUGUGUCCAACUACAUGGUCGACCCCCUGUACACGACGACCGUCAUCAGCUGGUCCCUGAGGAGCGUCCCGCUGGUGGCCUGGGACGUGGUCAACAACCAGACGCUGUACACGGUGCUCGUGUGGGACGCUGGUCAGUUCAACCUUCACGGCUUGUACAUCAACUGCAACAGGGGGGCGCUGGACUCUGGAACUGUAAGUGCUUGAGAAUGGGCGUGACUAGGGUGGCUCUUACUUUAAAUUUAGAGCAUUUGGGGCGGGUGUGAGAGGGGUGGAGGUACCUGAGAAUUAGACUUUCAAAAAAUUAGACUUAAGUUUGAGUUUAACGUAAAGCUUGUGGUUUGUCUUGGUUAUUUAUGACGCUCUCGUGUUUAUAUUUUGUCGUUGUAUUUUUUUGUUGCUGUAUUUUUUCGCUGUAUUUUGUCGCUUUAUUUUGUUGCUGAAAUUGUUGCUGUAAUUGUUGUAUUUGUGGCUGCAUUUGUAUUUGUUGCUGUAAUUGUAUUUUUUGCUGCAUUCUGUUGCCGUAUCUCUUGCUGUAUUUUGUAGUUCAGUACUGUUUAAAUUAUUAUGUGGUGUGACGCGUAUGUUUAGUAGUCACUAUUUUUAUAUGUAACCAUUGUGUGUUUGUAGUGAGUCGUCUUCGUUUACUAUGUAUCAAGAAAUAUAUUGUUAUUUUUUUUUGGUUGUUGUUAUGGUGUCUAUGUUUUGCGAGAUGGGGGCUAACCAGUGCAGAUCCGGGUUGAUUGAGGUCAUAACACCUGUGACGUCAUCCGCCCCUCCGCUGGGCACUGGCGGAUACAGAACCACGACAUGGGCACGCCAACAAUGCAGGACACGCAUGCGCACCCACGCUAUAUCCUACACCACUCUCUGAACAGGGUCUAAGUGACAUAACAACUAAUCUUAAGUUUGCGAUGCUGCUGUGCACAAUGUCAACUGUGCACUUGAAAACUACAUGUGCACUCAAUAACAACUAAGCCUAAGUUUGCGAUGCUGGUGUGCACAAUGUCAACUGUGUACUUGACAAUUACAUGUGCCAUCACGUUCAUGUGCGCUUAUGGCGUACAUCUAUGUCUACACAUUUAUGCAAACUGACUUUCGUAUCACGCGUUCGCGUACGCACCUACUGAUGUGUACCCAUGUUCAUGUACACACGUUAACGAUGCGUACACAUUUGUGGCAGGUUGUGAGCAACUACACGGGGCCCGAGAACCCCUCACCGGGAGACAACCCUUACCUGGUGCUCGUGUAUCCUCAAACGGAGAGACUGAAUGAGACCCAAGUUCUCCAAGCCCUGCAGACGAACGUGAACCACAACCAGGGCAAGUUUGCGCCGUCGGAAUGGUCACGUGAUCUUGCCGGGUCAUUGGCCAGCAGUAAGUCAACUCUUCACUUCACCUAUACUUACGACCCUUAUGCUGACAACCUUUCACUGUAAAUUCUAACGGUACACAGUUUCCGAUAUAAGAUAAAUGUUGGUACUAAGAUACAGAAAAGCGUGGAAUCUAUUUGAAAUCCCACCCACUACCGAUACAAAAUAUAUGUAACCAAAUUAAAAAUCAGGAAAAAAAUCUAAAGAAAUAAUUUUCAAUGUCUUCAAGUUAAGAAAAAUGUAUCAUCAAAAGAAUUCAAAAUACUCCCCCGCCCCACCCCGGAAAUUGACAAUUUCAUAUUAAAAAUCGAGAAACAGUGAUGUGUUUUAUAACGCUCCAAAAACAUUUAAAUUGUGGACAACCAAUAAUUCUUGAAGCAGUGGACCAUUGAAAUACUCACAAAAGAAAACGAAGCAUAUUCAUUCAAAAAAUUAAGAGCUAUACCCAGAUACCGUAAGGGAAAACCCGAAGGAUGAGCAAGCAAUAGUACGGAGGUUACAGCAGAAAGCCUUUUAACAUAAAACUAAAUAAGAGACUUUAGUUCUUCCUAUAAUGCAAGCCCCUUAAAAUGGUUUCCAACUCGCUAAAUAAUAAUUUCUUUGCUCCCCCAGUCGGUAUAAAAAUUACCAGCCUGCUCCCCCCCCCCUCCCUGCGAUUACCAAAGCUAAAUGAUCACUAAUUAAGUCAGCAUUGUCACUGGUGGAGUUCAUAGAAUGGCUGAUUUCUUUGCCAGAGAAAUACUUUAGAUGUCAUGUGUUUAAAUUUUUGUAAUGGUCAAAUCUUGUCUUGGUUAAAAAUAUGUAUUUAUUUAAUUUAUGGGCAGAAAUUAAAUAUGUACAAUGUAAUACAAAAUGUGUCCUUUUAUUUGUAUCAGUUAAGAGUCUUAUCUUAUCUUAACUUAUCUUAUCUGUUCCUUUAAAUCACUUUCUAAUUAAUAAAAAAAAAAAAAAAGGAAUGAGUUAAGACUCAAUCCAAGAAAAUGUCACACUUGAACUAUAUGUUACGUCAUAGUUGACCUCCCUCAAAUCAAACAAAACAUGUUGAUCACGUGAUCUGAUUAUCAAAUUCCAGGGCCGAGUCACGUGAACAUACUCUCGUUGGAGGCCGACCCUUACUCUGUCCAGUCCCAGAAGGAGAAGCUGCUACUGGACAACUGUCCACUUCUCGUCUCGCGUAUGCCAGGUAGGCGUUCGCUUUCCCGGGCCACUUUCUGAAAUCAUUGCUCGGAAUCAUGCCAAUUUUGUCUUCAAUAAUUAAAACAUAAAUCAAGAUUAUUAAUAAAUUACAUUUCAUUUUCUUUCCCUGAACCCGCUAAAUAACAACAGCACUCCAAAGUCUCAUCACGUCCACUAAUGUGUCACUGGUUUGGGGUGGCAGGCCUUCCCUGGCCGAUAACACGACUGACUUCCCUUUACUCACCGCCAACCUUCACGUGAUCUACUCAACGGACGACUUCGAGACGGAGUACUGCUGUAACAAAUAUUCCAUAACGUGAGCACCGCUGUAACAAAUAUUCCAUAACGUGAGCACCGCUGUAACAAAUAUUCCAUAACGUGAGCACCGCUGUAACAAAUAUUCCAUAACGUGAGCACCGCUGUAACAAAUAUUCCAUAAUGUUAGUACUGUUGUAACAAAUAGUCCAUAACAUUACUACAGGUGUAGCAAAUAGUCCAUAAUAUUACUGCAGGUGUAAAAAAUAGUCCAUAAUAUUAGUAAAAUUGUAAAAAUAAUCCAUAACGUUAAUAUUGUAUCAUGUGUUCGCGUACGCACCUAUUGAAAUGUACCCAUGUUCAAGUACACACGUUAACGAUGCGUACACAUUUGUGGCAGGUUGGGAGUAACAAAUCUUCCAUUACAUCAAUGAUGUUGUAACAAAUAGUUUCUAACGUUGUUACUGCGUUUGGAACAGUAUUACUAUCUGUUACAAAUCUGUUAAUGUGCUUACGCCAUGCUCACAUAUUGUGUUUUUGUGCCCCACAGUGGCGGAAUGUUCAGCGUCGAUCCGUUCAACGACCGUCCCGUUCGUCCAGGCACGGCAAGGCUGGUGCCCCGGGUUCAAAUCUCUCCUAUCAACAUGAAGGAAGGAAGCGAUCUCAGAGGUUCGUGAGGUGUUCAACUUACUACACCAUUUCAGGCUCGUUUGUCGGUGUUUUGUCGGUGUUUUGAUUCAGUGUUGUGCACAUUUAAACAUGAUGUCUUAAAACACUUGCAUUCCGUUGCCCAGUUCCAGACAUGGCGUCUUUAAGAUACUUGUUUAGUUUACAAUGAGUCUAGACCUUUUGUUUUAAGAACUUCAUACUUAAUUAUUCAAUAAGUCUUGCCCUUAAUGAUGUAACGACACUUGCAUGAGUUAACGGCACAAGUCUAGACCUUUGUGUUUGGAGACACUAGCUGCCAACUACACACGUCUAGACCUUGUGUCUUGAGACACUUGGUGUCAACUACACACGUCUAGACGUUGUGUCUUGAGACACUUGCUGUUAAUUUCCCAAUACGUCUUCUGUUAUAAAACACCUGAUACGUAUCCCUAAGUAUCCCUAAGUAUACCUAAGUAUCCCUAAGUAUACCGUGAGUUUAGAACUUCUUAAACACAGUUCGUUGAAGUCGAGAUUAAACCAGAGACUCAGAUUAUUGAGCAGUAUUGACUUUUGCCGCACUUACAAAGUACAUGGUAAAGUUACAAAGAGUGAUGAUCUGAAACAAAAAAAGUCUUUCUUCUUUUUCCCAUUUGUAAAAUCUGUUAUUUUUAUUUUAAGCGAUAAUGUGUCAUUAAAGAUAAAUAUUAAACGUCAUGUUCCUUAACAUCUCUUAGAGAGGACACUAUAUCCGACUUCAAUCUUGUUUCAUCAAACGAAUUUCGGAGGAGAUUUUUUUUACACAUUAAAUCUGCACGUGGCUUUCAUUCAUGCAACUAUCAAGACAAUCAUUUUGUCUCCCCCCCCCCACCCACAGGUUUCACUUACACCUUGUUCAUGGUGGACGUGGCGCCAUCUGUCGACCAAGGUCAAACUGACCCUUUGUUCUUCACCCACUGGCUGGUGACCAACAUUCGGAACGGUGAUGCCACUACCGGAGACGAGCUGUCAGAGUACUUUGGGCCGAAUCCAAUCAUACCGUAGGUUUUAAAGUACUUUCAAUAAUACCCUAGGUUUAACAGUACUCCAAUAAUACCGUAGGUUUAACAGUACUCCAAUAAUACAGUAGGUUUAACAGUACUUCCAAUCACACCACAGGCUUAACGAUACUUCCAAUCAUACCAUAGGUUUAACAGUACUUCCAAUCACAAUUUAUUCCUUAUUUGUAGAUUUACCUUCAAACACAAUUAUACCAAAUGUAUAGGGCCACGUUCAAACCACAAUCAUUCUCUAGAUGCAAGAGUACUUUCAGUCACAAUCAUAUAUGAGUUGUGUGAGUACCUGCAAUCACAAUCCCACCAAUUCAUCAUCAAUGCAUUUUUUUAAAAAUUCAACGCACCGUUUAAUCUCCCGGUAACCCACCCGAGAACUCUGAGAUUUGAUAUCAUACAAAACAGCUUUGACUCCUCAGUAAGACUAGUGGCGUAGCUAGGGUUAGUGCCACCCCGGGGCGGACAACAAUUUUGCCACGCCACUGAAUUGACCAAAAAUGCCCCCGUCCACAAUUUUUUUUUUUAAAAGCGCCGCCCCCGGGGGUGAACUGCCCCAUCCGCCCCCACCCUUGCCACGCCCCCGAGCACGGCUGACGAACAUAACAGAUGACGGGUUUUUAAAAAAAAUAGAAAAUAAAGAGUGUGUGUGUGUGGGGGGUAGGGGUGGGGGUGGGGGGUGGGGGUGGUAGAAGUGGGCGGUAAAAUUAAAAGAAAAGUCACACGCAGUAAAGUUUCACUUGAAGUGAAGUUGAAUAUUUACGACUGAAAGUAGACGAUUCAACUUUCAACAUUUCGCUAAGGCACGAGCCCUUAGACCACCUAAAGAUAUAUCCGCCUGAGAAGACAUCCUUCCCCCCUCCCCCCCAACCCCAAAUCGCUUAGCCUGAAUAUUUUAAGUAUCACAGGAGACAGCCCGUUUAAGCCACUGCUAAUAGCUAAAACGUUUAGUUUGUUGACCCCAGGAAGCUUUUAAUCUUAAUAUAAACGCCCCACGCCCCUUCCAAACAGAAAUACCACCACCCCCAGUAGAUCAACACCACAUAGUCUUGCCCGAAAGAUUUAAGGAAACGCGAACCAAGUGUCUGCAACUCUUGGGACCACAACGUAUCUACAAAUAAUCCCUCCUUGAUGAUAAUCCCUCGUGCGCAUCUGUCUGUGACCAUCUUAUUUGGUUCGAGAUUACCCUAGCAAACUUAGAGCCACGCCUCAAAGAGACAUGCGCACUUGGUAUUCCACCAACAUGGUGUUUCUUUGCCUGCAGUUGCUUGUGUGUGAGUGUGUUAGCCGUUUGAUGCUCAGCCUUGGAAUUUUGUGGUAAUUAUUACCCCCCCCCCCUUUUCCCACUUAAGUGCCACAUGGAAACGGAAGAAAAGGAAGAGCAUGGAUAAAAGCAUGGAUGGAUAUAAGUAUAGUUAAUGGACCAUCCACUUAAGCGUGCGUAUGGCUGAGGGGGAUUGUAAAGGGGGGGGGGGAGGUCUCGGCAGAAAGUUCAUACAUUUAUUUUCUGGAAAGAAUGUAAAGAUGAUUAUUUUAGACAUUUUCAAAGAUAACAUUAAAUAAUAUCAUUCCGUGUUUUGUAGGAAUCAUCCUAAAGGCUUAACCUUACUGAUGAAGUUAGAAACACAUGACUAUCGUUACAGCUGCCAAAUCCGCCUGAAAUCAGUUCUAGAAGCCUGGAACCUGACUGAACUGGUUGGUGUCACGUGGUUCCGUGCUCAAAAUGACGGCUUCGCCAAAAUGGUAAUUGAUUAAAACAACUAACACUUCAUUAUGACAUGGGUCAUUACAUAGGUUAUUACAUGGAUCAUUACAUGGGUCAUUACAUGGAUCNCGGGGGGAGAGCGACUGGGAGAUGGCGACUGGGAGAGAGCGACUGGGAGAGAGCGACUGGGAGAGAGCGACUGGGAGAGAGCGACUGGGAGAGAGCGACUGGGAGAGAGUGACUGGGAGAGAGCGACUGGGAGAGACUGACUGGGAGAGAGUGACUGGAGGAGAGUGACUGGGAGAGAGUGACUAGAAGAGAGUGACUGGGAGAGUUCAUUGAGGUGAACUCUUUUCUUGUUUCCAUUACGAGGGGAUGGGCGGGAUUAGUAAGUUUAUGAACGUCUAAAUAAUAAUAACGCAUUCUUUUAUUGCAAAAUAAAUUGAGGAAUUAAAGGAAUAUAUAUAUAUAUAUAUAUAUAUAUAAAUAAAUAAAUAGAUAGAUAGAUAGAUAGAUAUAGAUAUAGAUAUAUAUAAUAUAUCCAGUAUUGUAUAGAUACCCUUUACAGUUUGUUUCUAGACAUAUUUUAACACAUUUUGACAGUAUCGUGUAUUAAGAUAAGAAACGUUAACAAAAAAAAAAAAACAACAACAACAACUGUGAACUAAGUACUGAUGAAGUUAGAAACACAUGACUAUCGUUACAGCUGCCAAAUCCGCCUGAAAUCAGUUCUAGAAGCCUGGAACCUGACUGAACUGGUUGGUGUCACGUGGUUCCGUGCUCAAAAUGACGGCUUCGCCAAAAUGGUAAUUGAUUAAAACAACUAACACUUCAUUAUGACAUGGGUCAUUACAUAGGUUAUUACAUGGAUCAUUACAUGGGUCAUUACAUGGAUCAUUACAUGGGUCAUUACAUGGGUCGUUACAUGGGUCAUUACAUGGGUCGUUACAUGGGUCAUUACAUGGGUCAUUACAUGGGUCGUCCCAUGGGUCAUUACAUGGGUCAUUACAUGGUUCGUCACAUGGGUCAUUACAUGGGUCAUUACAUGGGUCUUUACAUGGGUCGUCAUAUGGGUUCUUAAAUGGGUCGUCAUAUGGGUCAUUACAUGGGUCGUCCCAUGGGCCAUUACAUGGGUCGUCCCAUGGGUCAUUACAUGGGUCAUCCCAUGGGUCAUUACAUGGGUCUUUGCGUGUUCAAUUCACACAAAGAUAAAGCACGGUUGCCAUAGUAAGGGGAAUUUCAUUCAACUUUCUCUGUGACAUUAAAUUCAGAGAGUAUUUUCUCUUGUGUAGAAAUGAAAAGGAAGAAAGUUAAUCAAAGAUAUUCAAUUAUAUCCAGUUACUGAGCACAAAAAAAACAGACCUUAGACAUGUUCAGACAAGAAAUUCAAUCAUGUUAAUUUACUGAGGAAAAAAUAGACUUAAGAUGUGCUCAAACAAGACAUUCAAUUAAGUCCAUUUAUUUAGCACAAAAACAGAAUUUAAAUGUGUUCUAACAAGACAUUCAGUUAAGUAAAUUUACUGAGUACAAAAACAGAAUUUAGAUUUGUUCUAACAAGACAUUAAAUUAAGUCCAUUAUUGAACAAAAAAACAUAAUUUAGAUGUGUUCUAACAAGAUUUUCAAUUAAGUCCAUUUACUGAACACAAAAACAUAAUUUAGUUGUGUUAAAACAAGACAUUCAAUUAAGUUCAUUUAUUGAACACAGAAACAGAAUGUAGAUUUGUUCUAACAAGACAUUCCAUUAAGUCCAUUUAUUAAGCACAAAAACAUAAUUUAGAUGUGUUCUAACAAGACAUUCAAUUAAGUACAUUUACUGAACACAAAAACAUAAUUUAGAUGUGUUAAAACAAGACAUUCAAUUAAGUCCAUUUAUUGAACACAAAAAAAAAAAAAAAAGAAUUUAGAUGUGUUCUAACAAAACAUGCAAUUAAGUCCAUUUAAUGAGCACAAAAAAAAAAAAGAAUAACAAGAAAUUCAAUUAAGUACAUUUACUGAAAACAAAAACAUAAUUUAGAUGUGUUAAAACAAGACAUUCAAUUAAGUCCAUUUAUUGAACACAAAAAAAAAAAAAACAGAAUUUAGAUGUGUUCUAACAAGACAUGCAAUUAAGUCCAUUUAAUGAGCACAAAAAAAAAACAGAAUUUAGGUGUGUUCUAACAAGUGAAUACUGGGUGGAAAGAAAAAAUAUUUAUUUAAUGGAGACGCUCAAAACGACAACAUACAAGCAAGUGAAAGCAUUAGCUAUUUCUAACAAUAUCAUGAAGAGUGUUGCUAUGUCAACACUUGAUAGCUGUGUGGGACAUAGCACCUAAGCACUCAAUUCCUGUACGUGAGUCAUGUUAUUUUAUAUUAAUAGAUUAAAAAAUAUAUAUCUAAAAAAUCUAAAAUAAAUCCAAACUUCCCGUUUCAGAGAACCUACUCGGUCCUCAAGAUGCAGACGAUAGACGAAGUCUGCAGCGACGUGCCCGGGUUCACCAACCCGUGCCCUCUGGCGGCCAGCUUCAACACUGCCCCCUCGCCCCGCCACACUCAUUUAAGAAAUAUCAUGACGGGUAUCGGCGUGACGUCUCUCCUAAGACUCGUGUUUUAUUGAAUUGACAUGUUCUUGUAAUUGUUUUGCCUUCGUACUUUUAGUGGGGAAUGUUUAAACAAUUUGGUUUUGAGAGUUAUCGUUUGUGGGGGGAAAAAAAAUCAUGAUGAAUAGGUGGUGUCGACGUUGACGUAAUUAACAAUGAUUUUUUUUUUUGAUGGUGGUUUAAAUAUUAAUUAUUGAAAAAAAAAAUGAAGGUGUGGGGGAUGGUGGCCCCCCAACCAAAUUGAAAGGUCACACCAUU